AUGGAGAAGCAUGGAGUCAGGUUAAGCACCCUCAGGGACUGCUUUGAGUUCCUGCAGUGGUUGCAUAGCGGGGGAGGAAAAAAGAUGCAAGACAAGGUGGCCAGAGAACUGGUGACGCGUUAUGGAAAUUCUUAUAAUCGUAUUUUGUUUACGGGCAAGCUGCCACCUGCUGUCUCCGAAUUCCUCGAACACGUGUCCACGUUCUAUAAGAAAUUAGUAGCUACACCAAUUGAGAAAAGUUAUGUCAAUCCGAGAGCAAACGAUGUCACCGAUGCGCUUCUGGAGUGCGUUCCCAAAUUCCUAGCCGCUUUGUAUUUUUUGCUCUACAAUGUGGAUUAUAAGUUCGAAGAAGUGGGAGGAGGGAAGUGGAGGUAUGAUAACCCUGGGUGGGAGACUACUUGGGUGAGAUAUCCGUGGCAGAAAGAGUAUGGAGGUGGGCUGCAGGAUUAUCUCAGGGCGUCACUGAGCGUUAAAUACGGUGGCCUCAUAGCUGGUGGGUUCAGUGAAAACGAGGUGACGUAUGGUUAUGACUAUAAUUCUCGCUAUGGUUACUGGUACGGUGAGAGCAUGGUAAAUGACCUUAAAGCGAUUCUGGACAAUAAGCUCCACAAUUAUUUCCGGGACGUAUUUUUUACAACAGUCAUUUCUAAAACUGGUGCCGGCACUCAUAAAGUGAACACUGCGAACGUUCUUGCAUUGGUGAAAACGUUUUGUGAGAUUGUGGCUGCUGAGGCAAAGAGGGGUACUGACGGCGGUAAGUUGAUAAAAGCUUUGGAAAGGGAGUUUAAAAGUAGCAAAAAAUGCAUAAAUUGGAAUAAAUUAAAAUCCCAUUGUUCUAGAUUGAACUCAGAAUUGGAAAAGUUGUUCAAGAUCGAGGGCUUUUCCUACACAGGCCAGGCGCGGAAUGUUAAUGAGCUUAACACUGAUACAUUUGCGGGGGAGACAGCAAAAUGGUUUAGACAACAUUUGCACGAAGUUCAAAAGAAUGUGAAACGAAUAGAUAAAAGUUUCCCAGUCGACGACACUCGAUAUUUGAAUGUUCUUCAGCAAUUUGCAACAGAAAACAUAUUCCCCUACGGUUUUAUAUUUGGUAAAGGACGAUAUGGAACGCUGGGUGAGGCGUGGAAGACGUUGUCAGAUCAUUGGGACAGUGUCAUAGGUAUGCUUGGCAGAGACGGUGACGGUUUGGAUAAGUUAAAAAGAAUUCUGGAUGGUGAGGAGUGCCGUACGCCGGCUCCGCCCCCAAAACCGCGCCCCAGGCCGGCGCCUGCGCCCAGGCCCCCGAGGCCUGCAAGACCUGUGCCACCACACCAGCCUUCCAGGACUCCGGGUGUAAGGACAACCGGUGCAAGGCAUCUUGAAGGUUGGUUGUCUAGUGGGAGUCCUGUUUCUGGUGUUAGAGGAGGAAAUAUAGGAGGGAGGGGGAAUAAUAAUAGAGGAGGGGGAUCGGGGGCUCACAGUAGAGGAGGGGGGCAAAACAGUGGAAAGGCACGGGGGACCACAAGAAAUGGAAGACACCACUCAGGGCCUCGAGGUGCUUCAGGAGCCAGGGGCGCACAGAGAAGCAGUGUUCCAGGGCAUACGGGAUCUACUAAGCCCCAACCCUUACAACCUCAAAAUGAUCUCCAGUCUCAUCCUCAACAAGCACUUCCACCUACUGCCGCCAGUGCUCCUGGAGACCCUGCCAUCCCUAUUCAGCCAGGGGGCCCGGGUCCAAUUUCAACAGACAGUGUUACUCCAGGUACACGGACUACUUCAUCUCCACAAGAUGUUCUUACUCAGACUCCGAGUGUCUCAGGUUCAAACACUGGGUCAGAUGGUGUCCAGGGGACUGGCCAACAUGGUGGUGGAGGAGCCGGGCCACCAGGUGGUGGGCACAGUGUUGGUCAAACACAGACUCCGUCUAAUAAUGUUAAAAAGUGUGAUGGUGUAUCCAUGUCUAUGAAUGGAAAGUCAGUGUGUUAUAGGCAGCCUACGAUUCCUAAGCCAACUAGGCCAUCCACCCUUUACCUUCCGUCCGAUGUUGAGGAGAAGAUUAAAAAAGCGGAUGUAGCGUAUCGCAAAAAGGAGGAAGAGGACAGACGCCAGGCGGAAGAGGCUUGGGAACGCAGGCGUCAGCAGAUGUAUGAUCAAUAUGACAGUGAAAUGCGUCAAAUGCAGCAGGCGCAAUUGUUGUCCGUUGAGGGCUUUAAUGUUAGCGAUGCGAUGGAUGGGAACGCUUUGCCGGACGUCUCCGCCCUUGUAGCGCAGAAACAAAAGGAGGCGGAGGAGAGAUCUAUAAGGCGUAAUAUUCAAUUUCUGCAAACAAUUCAAGAUGAUAUUAACAAUAAUCCUAAUAGUAAGAAUGCCGAUUCGGUGUUCAUGUCAGGCACUCCAAUCUCAGAGCCUGCCGCCCUGGUAGGGAGACCCGUGAAACAGACUCCAAACCACGGCCAGGCGGAAACAGAUACUCACAAACAGCUACAGCCGAAUUCAAGUAUAGUCGUGGGUGAUAAGGUUUUGCCAACCCGCAAGCGUGCCAAGCCCCUUCUGCCAGUCCCCCCUGUUGGUGUCCCCAUGGGUCACGCAAUAGAGCCGCCGAAAUUGCCGAGAGCUCCAAAAACUCUGUCGGCACCAAAAGAUAUGCUGGACGUCACAGGCCAGCCUAUCACCCACACAGCAUUAGAAGAUCCGUUGCCACCGCCCCCAGCUCUCAAGCCGCCUGAGCCUGUGGAGCAGUAUCCCCCUAAGCCUGUCAAAGUUGACACGGAAGACAUGACAAAAUAUCUAGGGGUCUCUGAAGUAAUCCUGACAAAGUCCACUGGCAGUGAUAUAGCAGUUCCCCCACCUCACAAGGUGGACACUCAUCCGCCGCCAUCUCUGAUAGACGCAUGGACCAUCCCCAACCCCAAAAGAAACCGUCCCGUGUCACCUCCCCCAGCCUUCAAAUCGCCUAAGACGCCGCCGACCGCUGACGUCAAAAUUCCAAGCAUCGAAAUAUCACCAGACUCACGUAUUAUGACGGAGUCAAUGCUUGAUGUCAUGGGUUCUCCCACCACUGCUACUAACACAGCCCAUCCCUUGCCACCGCUCUCAGCCUUGAACCUGCCCUGGCAGCGUGAUGACACUGUUAGUAAAUUGCCUCUCGCAGUAACGCUUAAGGACCAUGAUAUUGCAGACUUGACACACGUCGCUAGCGAAGUAAUAAAAAUUCCAAUAGCUCAACUUACUGGAGAUAGUAAUUUGGCGGUAUCUGUUAAACAGGAACUCACAGGGCAGCCUGUUGCGGACACUAUGUUAUUAAAUCCCGCUCACCCUCCAAUCGAAUUAGAAAUCGAAAAGCGGCACAAAACUGAGAUUGCGUUCGACGCGCAAAUUGAAGCGCCACCCACAGCAACACAAGGCUUCACGAAACCACCGUCUCGGACUACCGUACCACCUAUGGAGUGGAUUGAGCCUGCCAUUUCCAUGAUGUCGUUGCCAGGUAAAGCUGCGGACGCAUUCACUGUCAGCGUGGAUGAACAUGAUAAUGUGAUAAAUCCAGGCGCUGCGGAAUUUCUGAAGAAGUUUGAUCUCAACACAACGCCGGAUGUCUAUCAAUGCCAAAACCCCUGGUACGUCCCCGAUUCCUCCACCACUACCGUCACUCCACCCCUCUCCCCGCCCCCAGACACGGACCAUCUGCCCCCGCCAGACACCGUCAGGGAAAUGCUCCACUGGAUGGUUGGAUUGAAUCAAUAUGGGUAUGUUGGUAUCAUUACUGAGCAUGUUGCAGGUCUUUUGGAGGAUAUUAACAAGGAUGUAUCUCAGCCUCAUGAUGCCCUUGACAUCACUGAGAAACCAUACAACCUGGACGCUACCCAUGUCUCCAACACCCUGACCGAGGCAUGUCACUACGCUGCAAACUUUCUCUACAAGAUUAAACACAAUGGCAAUUCAAAAACUGUUUCAACCCUUGAUUUCAAAUCGGAAUAUUCCAAGCUUUGUUAUUCCAUCGACCCCGCCUGCCUCCUCUGCCAGCUGCGGGACUACGUCUACGCCUGCUGCCACCAGUUGGAGUUCCUAAAGGCGCAGUGUAAUCGGAAGGAAUCUGAAGGUGGUUGGCAGAAUUGUCCGUACGGCCAAGAUACCAAGACUCCGUCCCCCCUCCAGGCCUUCCUGACUGACGGCCCCGACUCCAAGUUCCAGACUCAUCCCUUCGACUCGUGCAACAUCUGCCGCAAGAGCCGUGUCAACAUGGGAUUCAAGCACAGUGAUUUGCCUGUAUCUCAGCAAACUGGCAACAUUCUUCUCACCAUCCUCACUCCCACCUGCGGCGGCGAGGAUCCCCUGCUGACGCUGUGCUCUUACCUCAACUGCAUCACCAGGCGGACGCCGCGCACCGCCGGGGAGCUUGCCUCGUUCUUCCACAAUUUCGGGAAUGAGCUUCAUGAUGUGUCUCUCAAGUUGUCUCCACUGGGCUCCGCCCUCUCCGAGCCACAUCGACACUGCCCCGACUGGGACCACCUUGCUGCCGACGACCUCAAUGCCAUCCAGUACAUCCGGGGCCCCGCCCCUCCCACCUCCAACCACGACAAGGACCAUCCCAAGACCCUGUCCGCAAUAAUUGGCUGCGGCAUCGAUAAUGUCGACUGCCCACAACUCAUGAAGACCAUCACCUACCGGGCCUACGCCCUGUACUCUCCGACCUUCGCCCAUACCUACCUCAGCUGGACUGUCUAUCUGCCCGACAGACUGUGGGAGUCACUGACCAAGCUGCACUGUGAUCUCGAGGAACUUCAAUGUCACGCCGCCAAGCCCAAGCCCCUCCACCAGUGUGACAAGGCGCUGCCCCUCCUCUACACUCACGGCCUCACCCCGCCGGACGGGACACUGCAGCCUUCACUCACGUGUUCACAGUUCAUCGCCAAGUUGGAGGCAGUGGUCGCCGGACAGCCUAUCGCAAGCCUCAUGACCGCCAUGGACCUUUUCCUUUACGGCAUCCGGGAGCCCUUCCUCUUCACCAUCGUCGCACUCUGGCUCACCGCCACGCUCUACAUCCUCCACUCACUCCUCUACCGCAUCGACGUCCUACGCAUCCGCUCGCACCUCCUCACCACCAGGGCCUCCCACCUCAUCGACGUCAAGGCGCUGCUCGCCGGCAGCCGCAGGAUGCUAUCACUCUACAAGGACGUCGAUUACUUCGACGACGACUUUCACUCAUCAUAG